ACUUUAAUCGAGUUCUGAUGGAAUCGAACGUCCAAGGUCAUAACUGUAACGUGUCCAAGAUGUACGGAGAUCUGUGGAGAAAUUACGAAUUGUGGAACACGGAGGAAGUUUUCCCUACGAUGUGUCCACUGCCGAGUUACUAUAAUUUGGUACCCAGCACGCUGAAUUCGAGGCAUGUACCUCUUUCAUGGGGUUCUCCUCUGAUUAGAUACAAACCGCAACCUCGUUACGAGAAACCACCGUAUUCUUACAUCGCUUUGAUAGCCAUGGCUAUUAAUUCUUCGCCCAAACAGAGACUCACCCUGUCGGGUAUCUAUAGAUUCAUCAUGGAUAGAUUUCCUUAUUAUAGGGAAAAUCGUCAAGGAUGGCAGAACAGUAUUAGGCAUAAUCUUAGCUUGAACGAUUGCUUUGUGAAGAUACCGAGAGAUAAGGUUAUUGGUAAUGAUAACGAGCAAGACCAAGCUGGAAAAGGUAGUUACUGGACCUUGGACCCUUCUGCCAGCGGGAUGUUCGAGCAUGGUAAUUACAGAAGAAGAAGAAUGAGGAGGCAACGAGGACCUGGAAACGAUAAACAGGAUCAAGAUCAGGCGAUUGUAUCGGUUUCGUCGAAACUUUUAACCAAUUUGAAGCAUCAGGAACGAAACGAUGGACCUGAAAUAAUCGAAGUUAAAGACAGUAAGGAAAAUGCACGGAAGAUGAAAACGAAGUACAGCGAAUCGCAGGGACAACGCAUGAAAUCGAUGAUGUUCACUAUUGAGAAUAUAUUACGAAAAUCAACGAAUGAAUCUCCCAUUUAAAUAAUUAUGUAUCUUACUGUUAGCGUUUGCUUCGUAAAAAUUUAUAAUUUAUUUGCAUUAAUGAAUGAUUGCGGUUUUAAAAUGUAACGAUUAAUUAUAAAGGUAAAAACUAGGUUGGUAGAAUUAUUUAUAAAUAAAAGAGAUACCAUUUUUUAUUAUAAAAAUCUUGUCAUAUUUUUAGUUAUACAUAGAG